AAAAAGUAGGCUGUGUUGACCCUUCCUCCCAAGGGAGAGGUCAUGAAGACUAAAAUGCCACUCCAAGAGGUGGAACAGCAUGCGUAGAGUUUGAAAUCCUAACAGCACGAGAGAGAGAAGCAUCCCUCUGAGACAACCUCUGCAUUGUUCUUGAGUCCCAUAUAAAGCUGUUUGGCUUUCCCUUGCUGGGAUGAUAAGAUUUUUAAACAGGAAAAUGACAUGGAUGAAAAAGAUGGUGAAGCACUUCAGGGACAAAAGGCAUUAGCAGGAAGGAAAUGUAACGCAGUCAUUGUAGACAGUCAUUCUCCCAGUGUCUCACAGGAGUCUGUGAUGUGCUGAAAGAGCAUUCAGAGCUCUAACCCCAGUCACACCUAGAGCUUCAGUGGUCACCUUCACACACAAUGAGCACAUCCUAUGGCAGCCUAAUAAUUCGUGGUGAGAAGGAUGAACACGCAGUGUUGUGCAGCAAAGAUAAAACUUAUGACAUGAAAAUAGCAGAUACCUCAAAUAUGCUGCUGUUUGUUCCUGGCUGCAAAACCCCAGAGGAGCUGAAUGCAGAUCAGACAUGUAAUAUUAUUCAUUCACAGAUUGCUGGUUUCUCCAAGAACUAUUGGGAAUUAAGGAGAUGUCGACCAAAACUGAAGAAACUGAGGAAGCUUUUAAUGGAAGAUCCAUAUGAAGGGCCUGAUAGUCAGAAAGAUCAGGCUUCAACAUUUUCAAAGUAUACAACAGAAGAUUUGUUAAGUCUCAUUCAAGCAAGUGAAGAAGAAAUACUCCACCAAUUGCAGGUUAUAGAUGCCUGCAAAAUCGAAGGAUAUUGGAGAAUUCUAGACUUUGAUUAUGAGAUGAAACUCCUGAAUCAUGUGACUCAGCUAAUAGACUCAGAGUCCUGGCCUUUGAGUAAGGUUCCUCUCUGUGCCUGCCUUGAAGAACUUGGAUCUCUAGAACCCAGAGAGAUGAUAGAACACAUUCUUUUAAGCUAUGGCAGGAAAUAUGUUGAUGAUGGGGAGGUUUUCUUUGCAAUGCAUGAAGAUAAAAUAUGCAGAGCUAUAGCACAAAUGCUUUUGCAGAAUGCAGUUAAAUUCAACCUGUCAGAGUUUGAAGAAGUCUGGCAACAGAGUGUCCCUGAGGGGAUGACAACAAGGCUUGAUCAGCUUCAGGGCUUGGCUCUUGUGGAUAAAAGUUCCAGACCAGAGACCAUCUUUCUGCUAAAAGUGGAAGACUUACCUGAAGACAAUCAGGAAAGAUUCAACAGCUUAUUUGGCAUACGGGAAAAGUGGACAGAAGUGGAUAUUACCCCUUAUAUACAAGACUUGUGUGCAGAGAAGCAGACUGUUGGUGCUCUUCUGACAAAAUAUGCUCGCUCCUCAAUGCUGAAUGGUGUAAAAGUUUAUAAUUCCAGAAGACCCAUCUCAUAACAAGUAUUGUUUGAAGAACUGAGGAUACUGAAUCUAGUAGCAGUGAAUGUUACUUGCUGCUGCCUUCUGGAGAAAAGAGUGGCCAACCAUCAUUAUACAGUGUACUUGAGUUUAAGCUAGGCUACUUGAACUUGUCUUCUGCCAAGCUAAGGAGAGUGUGAGGACACUUGUGGCCUCUAAGGAAUGAUAGUCAGCUCACCUUCCUUUGCCAGCCUUCUUUGCCAACUUUCCUUUGCCCAACUUCUACUUCUUGAAUACAUGUAAUCUGUUUAUCUGUUUAAGUCUGAAGUGAAAAUUUCAAACCUCCUUGAUAAUAAUUGAAGCCAUUGAAUUGAAUAGCAAAAUGGAAAUUUUAGUCUUCUCCCUAUUAGUGGACAUUCUUAAAGUUUCAAUGCAGUGUUCACAUUUUGAAUAGCACAGAGCUCAUCAGCUCAUGAACAAAUCAUUCCCCACUGAGACUACAUCAGUCUUGAUUUUGAAAAGUGGUUCUUUUUAAGGUCAUGUCUAUUAACACCAUCAGUACAAGCACCUGACACUUUAAUACUUGGCAGAAUGGCCUUAUAUAUGAUACAAAAAAACCUAAUUGCAGUGAAGUGUGAAUAUUAGAGAGAGUAGUUGGACAUUGUGUUACAAAUUUCCUAUACACUGACAUUAAAAUAUAGCUGAGGUAAAACUAAUGCUUUACAGAAGACUACUUGUGCUUUUUUAAAAAUAACCUACAAAACUUUGUAGUACAAUUAUUUUUAUAAAACUUCUUUAGGGCAAAUUACAGCAUAUAGAAAUUGUGCCUUGAAACCUUACAGUUUUGUAAUGAUAAUAUUAUUCUAUGGAGAGCAAUGAAACAGUGGUUUUGUGAUACUGUCAUGAAGUGGUGUGCCUGAGAUGGUAAUUUUGUAAUCAUUAAAAAGGAUUGUUUGCAUGUCAGUAAACCAGAGUUUAAUAUUAGAUCGUUUUCAGGUUUAUAUUUUAAGCUUAACAGUUUUUGGUUAUUUGAUACAAAAACAAUUUUUUCUAUCACACUCAGAUGGGAGGUGGGAAAUACCUUGGAACUGCCAGCAUUCCAGCUGUAGAGUGAAUGGAGGGAGUAGAGAAGCUCCUCUUAAAUCAAAUGUAACUCUUUAGAUGCACACUGUGUGCGUACUUGGAAAAAAAAAAAAAGCUGAAUAAAAGCUACUUCCUGA